AUCAUCUUAUUCUUAAGAGGUUGCAAAGAGCUGGGUCUUAAAGAAUCUCAGCUUUUUGAUCCUGGUGAUCUGCAGGACACAUCAAACAGAGUAACCAUCAAGAACAUUGACUAUAGUAGGAAGCUGAAAAAUGUAUUAGUCACCAUUUAUUGGCUAGGGAAAGCGGCAAACAGCUGCACGUCAUAUAGUGGAUCAACCCUGAACCUGAAGGAGUUUGAAGGUUUGCUGGCACAAAUGAGAAAGGAAACGGAGGAUAUCGAGAGCCCAAAGCGCAGCAUUCGUGACAGUGGCUAUAUAGACUGCUGGGACUCUGAACGCAGCGAUUCCCUCUCCCCGCCUCGCCACGGCAGAGAUGAUUCCUUUGACAGUCUGGACUCCUUUGGCUCCCGCUCGCAGCAGACACCGUCUCCAGAUGUAGUGCUCAGAGGGAGCAGCGAUGGGAGAGGAAGUGACUCGGAAACUGACCUGCCACACAGAAAGAUGCCAGAUGUGAAAAAAGAUGAUAUGUUGGCGAGGCGGACCUCACAUGGUGAACCUAAAUCAGCUGUGCCUUUUAACCAGUACCUCCCAAACAAGAGUAAUCAGACUUUCUAUGUACCUGCUCCACUUCGGAAAAAGAAAGCUGAACGAGAAGAGUACCGAAAGAGCUGGAGCACAGCGACUUCACCGCUAGGAGACAGACCUUUCAGAUUCGGCCCCAGAACUCCUGUGUCUGAUGACGCAGAGAGUGUGAGCAUGUUUGACAUGAGAUGUGAAGAAGAAGCUGUGACUCAGCCUCAUAGCAAAGCUCGCCAUGAGAAACUGCAGAACAUACACAACCAGCUGAAAGAGGAUGAGACCAGGUGGCAAGAUGACCUGGCUCGGUGGAAGAGUCGUCGAAGGAGCGCUUCACAGGAUUUAAUAAAAAAAGAAGCUGAGAGAAAGAAAAUGGAAAGGUUAUUGUCUGGAGAUGGAACAAAUGAGCGCAGAAAAAGCAUCAAAACCUACCGAGAAAUUGUGGAAGAGAAAGAGAGAAGAGAGCGGGAGCUUCAUGAGGCAUACAAGAAUGCAAAGUCACAGGAAGAGGCUGAAAGCAUCCUCCAGCAGUACAUCGAAAGAUUCACUAUCAGUGAAGCUGUGCUUGAGCGUUUGCAGAUGCCAAAAAUUCUGGAAAGAAGCCAUUCAGUGGAGCCAAAUUCCCCACUGAAAGACCCGAACCCUCUGAGAUAUUUAAGGCAACAGUCGCUGCCUGCUCCAAAAUUCACUGCCACCAUUGAAGCAACCAUUGUUCCUACCACUGAGCUAGAGCCCAGCGGUUCGACAGGCUGCACAUCUCCCAGCAAAAGCGUUAUCUCCAAGGCUGUGCCUAUGCUGACACCCAAGCCUUACUCACAACCCAAAAAUACACAGGAAGUUUUAAAGAACUUUAAGGUAGAUGGAAAAGUCAGCAUGAAUGGAGAAAAUUUCAACGGUGUGGAAGAGAAGGAUAAAGAGUGUACAACAGUAAUAUUUACUCCUUCACCAAGCAGAUCUCUGAAAUUUGAUGGAGUAGCCAGAGGGGACAGGCCCCUGGUAGAGUUGAAGAAGGACCCCACAAGUGUUGAGCUCAGUUUACAGAGGCCUGCCACUCAGAGUGUGCACAAAGAGCCAACA